AUGACUGACCAAGAGUUCGUUCUCUGCAAGUGGAGGAAGCGUUUGUGGCCAGCCAGGAUUCUGUCCAGGCCUGGAGCCUCCAGGAAAAUAGCUGCAGAGACCAAGAAGGAGCCUGGUCUGAAAGCUGAAAUCCUUGGCUUGGAGAAUCAGGUCAGUGUGAGCUGUGUCGGUUGUGUUCCCCUGACAGAGGAGAGGAUUGAGGACAUCGCUGCCAGCUUGGAGCAAAAGGAAGAUGUGAACGAGGCUGUGGAGGAGCUCAAAUAUCGCCGUUCCCUUAAAAUUGCCAUGGAUAUUCUGCACCAAAGUGUCUCAGGCAGACAAGUCGCAGGUGCAGAAGGGCCAAAUCCUGAGUUCUCCCAAGAGAAUGGUGUAGGCUCUGCCCCUUCCACCCCCUCGCGCAGGUGUGUGCUGGGAUCUUGUUUGAACAAGUUGGAGCGUGUGGGUGCCAAGAGGAACAGAAAACCAAAAACCAACUGUGGCCUGAAGGGUGGCACAAAAGCACAGCCCCAGGGAGUCUCUGUUGCCACAGGGGUGAGAGUCAGAGCUCGUGGAAGCAGAACAAACCCUUCCAGAUGUGUCUCCAGGGACUUGUGUGAUCCACCAACCCCUGAGAAUCACAACUGCAGAAGACCAGAACCAAAAUCCCCACCAAGACAGAGGAAAAUCCAACCUAAGUUGUUGAUAAAGCCCAAACCAGGGGAUGAAAUCUCCCCUAAGCCAAAGGAGGGACAAAGUCAGCAGGGAAGGACAAGAUGGAGCGGCGCAGGAUCAGCCUUACCACGUAGGAAUGGUUCCUCCCGAGAUCAAGCACAGCCAGAUCCUGGGGAGGGGUCCCUGCCUGUCCCCUGGAAAUCUGGCAGGAGGGGAUCUCUGCCUGGAAGGACAUUCCUGGUUUCCUCCUGUAAAAGUGCCUCAGAUGAGCUGGAGCAAAGCAUUAGCAGUGAGAGUGAAAGUCUGGUGAAGCAGCUGGAUGGAAGGAGGAAGGCAGAGGGUGGAAAACAGCUGCAUGGGACAGGUAUGGCCUUGAGCAGAGACAGGAAAUACAGGAGCCCCCCUGGAUCCUCACCUGGGCCUUCUGGUGCCUUCCCUCAGCCCCAAGAGGAGGAACACAAGGAUCCCUCGAGCCUGCCUGGGAACAAAGCAAAGCACAUUCAGCUGCCUGACUCUGAGGAAGAUGAAGGGCUGGAAUCCUUGGAGAUGCCUUUCAGGAAAGGUUCCUCGGAGAGUUCCCUUCCCCUCUCAGCUCUGGCAGAGGAAGAGGAGGACUAUUUCCCCCGUGUGUUGUCCCACCGAGAGCCCCAGUCUAUUGAGGAAGGGAUCCUGGUGUGGUGCAAGCUGCGGCGCUACCCAUACUGGCCUGCUGUGGUGAAAGCUGUGAAGAGGAAGCAGCGGAAGGCCUGUGUGCUCUUCAUAGAUGGCACCACAAACGAGAGGAAAAAGGGUUUCUCAGUGUCUGUGAAGAACCUGAAGCACUUUGACUGUGAAGAGAAGCAGGAGUUCAUAGAACAGGCCAAGAAGAACUACCGCCAGGAGAUCGAGUGGUGCAUCUGCCUCAUCUCCGACUAUCGCAUCCGAGUGGGUUGUCAUUCCUUUACUGGAUCCUUCCUGGAAUAUUUUGCUGCUGAUAUCAGCUCCCCAGUGAGGAAGGGAGGCUAUCAGAGUUUAGUCCAAAUGACCUUCCCAAAUGCAGCAGAGGAAGGAGUUGAGGAAAAUUCUUCAGACACUUCCCCCCAGAAGCCCCUGAAGAAGCUUCUCCCAGACAGAACCAGAGCUGCCAGGGACAAGGAGAACAAGAAACUGGUGGAGUUCAUUGUGAAGACAAAAGGGGCUGAAGAACAUCUCUUGGCCAUUUUGAAGAGCAGGAAACAGUCCAGGUGGCUGAAGAAAUUCCUGAACUCCAGCCAGUACGUGACCUGUGUGGAGACAUACCUGGAGGAUGAGGAACAGCUGGACCUGGUGGUGAAUUACCUGAAGGAAGUGUAUAGGGAGAUGGACACCAAAAUCCUGCACCAGGUCCAUGGGGACAGCAUCAAGUUCAUCUCAGAUGUGCUGUUGCCUGAGGCCAUAAUCUAUGCGAUUGCUGCUGUGGAUGACAUUGACUACCAGAAGGCAGAAGAGAAGUACAUCAAAGGACCCUCUGUGAGCAAAAGGGAGAGAGAAAUGUUUGAUGAAGAGAUCCUGGAGAGGAAGAAGCGCAAGGCCAAUGUGGAGUCCAUGGAGAGCUGA